AUGCGAGCCACACAUGCCUGGCACAGGACCUUAAGCGAGUGGUAUCUGCUGUUAUACCGGCCGACUGCCUUGCUUCAACCGCGACAUCUGCCACUCGCUACGUUUCCUGCUUUGGAUGCCGGGUUCAGCGGGUCUGCACAGGGUCGCAGUGCUGUCUGGUCCCUCAUCCGGCCUCCUCAAAACUCCGCACCGACCUCGCAGGCGCCUCCUCCUGGCCAGCCUUCUGCACAUGGCCAGAUCGGUGCUCCUGUGUACUCCAUGGCUCCCGCCAACUCGGUUCUACCUCAAGCUCACCCGCCCAGUGGUCCUGCAGUAGGACAGCCGCAGUGGCAAGGAGGUUACGAUGUUGACCAUAGUGCUGUACGCCACCUUGUGGCCACCGGGCGGCUCGGAGGUCCCGACGCCAAGGUCAAUGCUCUCGGGUCAGGUAUUAGUGCUAUGCAGCAGCUGUAUGGCAUGUCACCAUUCGGCAACGCUCAGUACACUAUGCCGCCGCCGCCGCCACCAGGAUCAAUGGCACCUCCGCCUGUCGCUGUCGGACCUCCCCCCGCGAUUGCUACGCGCAUGGGCAUCGAUGUUGGCUUGCCACCUGUAUAUGGCAAUCCCUAUGCCAAUCAUGCCGCCUCCAUACGCAGUCAGAUCGAGCCCUUUGUACCCCAGGCCUUUAUCGACAGAUCAUCGGCUGCGUUCGGUUAUACAAACGUACAUAAGUUGUACGAUGAUCUGUCGACGAUGUACUACAUGCAGGCGUCGACCAGAACAGAAACGGUCACGGUUAAAUUUCGUCUAUACUCCCUCGAUCACAAUAGCAAGGCCAAGGCAAUCGGGCCAGCGCAGACAUUCAGAGGCAUCAGAGUGACCAUCGAUUCGGAUAGUCUCCGCUUCAUCGCGUGGGCAGGACUCCGCCCGCUCUUCAUAUCACGCUAUCUCGGGGCAGAUUUCGCCGUUGAGGAUGUAUCUCUAACCCUGAAGACUGGCGCCAAGAUCCCUGCCCAGACGCCUCAGUGCAUCCGAGCUCAAUUCCUGAGCAAACGCAACACGACCAAGACAGAAAAGCUUACCGUCACAUCGUCGUCCACUAUCGAGAUUCAUGCGUACAUCCCGCGUUCAAUACUCCUGAUAGCGGAGGAACAUGCUGGCGAUGUGGGGGACUAUGACGAGACGAACGAAGACAAGCUCUUGCUCCUUGGUGAGCAAAAAUGGGCCCAGCGGCAUGCAAGACUGGCUUUAUCUAGCUUAACUGUUGCGCCAAAUCUCCAAGCGCCUCCCACGCCCAUUGCGCCUGCACCAGUCAUAUCCCAGGCUCCUGUUCCAGUUGGCCACUCCGAAGCCCCAGGCGAUUACCUCGCGCAUCACUUGAACUUCCCUGCGGGUGCAGAUGCGCGUCGCUCUGAAUCUGGCCUCUCAGUUUGGACGACUCAAGGACAAGUUUUUCAGUCGCUUGAAAAACAAGGCGAGCUCAACGAGUCUCAGGCUGGCGCUAUUUGGCGAGAGAAGACUCGCCCGGUCACCUUUUACACCCGUCAAAAACGCACGCUGGACGAGCUACAAGACCCCGAAUACAAUCCGACCAAGGACGUCGUCAUUAGCUCCGGCUCCAUUCACUUCGACGACAAGCCCAAGAUGCAUGACGUGCAGUGGGGCGCUUUCAAGGUGGCUCAGAUGGCGUACCUCGUAUCUGGAACACCAUUUCUCGAGCGAACCACGGCUAGUAUGAAGUUGUGCUUGAAGCGGGUCUAUCUCUCACAGAAAGACGACGGCGCUGCGGACGAUGCUUCAGCAAAACGGGUUCUACUCGACUCCACCGGGCAGAUACAGAAGAUAUCUUCCGAACAGAACUCGGAGGUCUGGUAUAUUGCGCUCCACGAGCGCUCGGUCGCGGAACUCGACAGCCGGCAUGCGCGUGGUAUCAAGGACAUCGUCUCCCAAUAUCGUGGUAUCCGCUUCGUUGGUGCAGCUUUGGCAAAGCUCGCAAUGCCAGGUACGACUGUCAAAGGCUACGGCGCUUUCAUGGUCGAGGAGUACAUCUCGCCGUCUGAGCAUGGUCUUUUCCGUAAGUAUCUGGAUAACCGGUCGCCUGUCAUACCUGCAGGUCUCAGUGAGCGUGACCAUGACAUGGCCGACUACUUGACCUGCCUACAACAUGUCCAGUACGAGUGCAGCGACCGCACACUGUUUGUCGCAGAUUAUCAAGGUGGCGAUUUCUUGCUGACAGAUGCCCAAGUUAUCUCAAGCGAAUACGUACCCAUCUCUCUCGGCUUCGUCAGCAAGGACUUCGUCGCUCCGUUCAGCGAUGGCAAUGUUCCUCAGCUCUUCGCACGCUUUCCACGCGACCACAUCUGCGGGCGUUACUGCAAGCAUUACCAACUUGCACCGCUCAAUGCGACUAGUGUGACCGCCAGCUUCAAGCCACGGGGAGGCGGACCGUUCUGGGGCCUCUGGAGCGGCAACGCGCUCAUCGCGGCGCCGGAGGGAGUAGGAGUAGCCGGCAUCAAAAGUCAGGAUGACCUUCGAACGCACAUCAAAAGCCAGUCGUACUAUAGUACCGCCAGACUUGGCACCCUUCCAUCCUGUAUCCCUCAUGUCAGUUUAUGUACCGCUCGCGAACAAUGA